AUGCCCGCCAGAGGUGAGCGCGGCAUGAUGGGGAGAUUUGAUUACGAGGAUGCGCUAAAGCGUCGCGAAUUACGCUGGGCACUUCAAGUGCGGAGACAGCGCGAAGACGAGUUCACGCACCGGCGGCAAGGGGCUGGCGAGCGCGCUGGGCUCGCUCGCUCGCUCGCUGCCCGCGCGUCGUCUCUCGUCGGCAGCAACGCUCCGGCGCAGCGGCUCCGCUGCGAAUUGCCAAUUCCUUCACUGCCGGCGACCGAAUGGCGCCCAUUCGCUGCGCUCCGUAAGCGUGGUGCGCCUGCGCCGCCCGCCAGCACGCGACGCGGAGCACCACGAUCCGUGCCGCUGGACUGUCUGGGCUGUCUCGCAAGCUUUGGGCAGCGCCAAAUUCAGCACAUGGCUGCUCACCGCAGGCGACAGAUCGGUGCGCGUUUACAUGUCCGCCGGCCGGCAUCGCGUGCAGCAUCGCAUGGCGCCGACAGCCGCGAGCACACUGCCAGCCGACCAAGCAUCGUUGCUGCCAGCAGCAGCAGCAGCGUCGGGGUGGGACCAGACCUGCUUGCCCAGGUUCUCCUCACCGAAAUUUCACGCGCGAGCCAAAUCUUGCUAGGCAAGAGUGGCGAGUCCCUACAAAACGCAAAGCGUAUGGCGGCGGCAAAGCGCGCCGGCACUGGAAAAGAUCCACGGCCAGCAGCGCGUAGGUUACAUGCGCCGAGCGAUGCUCGGUGCUGUUUGCGGUGCACCGAUAGCGGGGCCCGAAAGCACUGGUUGGGCGACGCCGCCGCAAAGCCCGGCUCGGCUCAUGUUGCCGGUUUUGCUGGUCCGUCCUACCCCACGAUUGUCGGGCGCGCCGGUCCCCGUGUCUAUCCCAGACUGGCCGACUUGUAA